AUGGCUGUACCAUCCCUCGUUAUCACCACGCCUGAUUGUGUACCAUCCGCCCGCACAUCGUCACCCCCCGAGAAGAAGAAACGGAUUGGACGCGUUCGCAAAGCCAAGAGUUUGGAUAGCGGCAAGAAAUCGAAGAAAGCCAUCCUUCUUGAUGAGCUGAGUGAUGCCCUCGUCGACAAGCUCUACAUUCCCAGCUUGAAUGAUCGAUUGGAGGUGCCCAAUGUGUCUGUUGUCGAUCAUUUACGAACGUCUCUCAACACAGCACCUUUCUCCGAUGCCAGCUCGGUCAGCAGCAGCCGCACCUUGACCCAAGUCGAAAGCCACGUCCAAAGUACAGCUGCAACAAGUUUAGAUGAUCGCAAUACAUGUGUUCAUGUCCCGAGUAUUCCAUCUUCCCCAUCCUCUACCGUGAUCGGACAUUCUGAACCAAACAGCGAAACACUUCACGCCAAAAACAGCCAACAAGGAGAUGUGUUCUGCUUGGACGACUUCUCCACCAUCACCGCCAUCCAGCGUUUGACGGCUCAGUACGGUCGGGUGGCGCACAUGGGCAUGCUGGAUCACAGUUAUCGGUUCUUUGUGAACAAGGCGAGGACAGCAGCGUUGUCAUUCAAGGUUCAAAACCGCGUGGUGAUUGUAGGAGGAGACCCUCUUUGCGACCCAGAUCCAGUCUCUAUCACGGAACUGUUGGACGAGUUCGCAAAAUAUCGAGAACGCCAUCAUUGGGGGAUAGCUUUCAUGGGAGCGAGCGAAUCUUUCGUUCGUGAUUAUGUUCAAGCACAGCCGAGAAAGUGGACAACCGUUCGCUUCGGUACUGAGCGGGUCCUGAAUCCCCAAACGAACGAUGUCCUUCUCGAACGAAGCGGGAAACGUAUCGCUGUACAAAACCGACAGCUUCUACAUCGCGACAAAGGUGGCGUCACCUUGGGUGUGUAUGUGCCAGGUGUGCACGGAACAGAUGCGCAGCUCCAAUCAGAUCUGGUUGCGAUUUAUGAUGCUUGGCGUGCAGAGCGCAAUCAUUCUACUGGCCCCCAGGCGUUCAUCACAGUAUACGAUCCCUUCGCGCUGCCAGCUCUGAUGACAUUCGUAUAUACCCGUGGGUCGGACGGUCAAAUAAAUGGGUUUGCUGCCUUGCGGCGGCUAGGCUGCGGCGGCUACCACGUCGACCCGUGCAUUGCUGCUCCUGGAAGUCCGAAAGGGAUCAGCGACUUGCUUAUCGUCGCCGCAAUGGCUCUGCUUAACCGUGCUGAUGUAUCAUAUCUGGGAUUUGGCUUUGAGCCUGCCCACACGCUCCUACCUGAAGAUGUACGCGGCAUGCGAAGCCCACUGGCUAGUCUCACACGCGAUCUAUAUGGUCAUACCUUCACCCGUCUUCCAAUCCAUGGAAAGAAGGCAUACCAUGACAAGUUCCGACCGGACCCAACGCAAGACUCAGGAUUGUAUCUUGUUUUCCCGGAUGGUGUGCCAGGGCCGAGACACUUGCUGGCUAUGAUGCACAUGGCUAAUAUCAGCCUGCGAAAGAUGCUGUGGACUGAUCUGCGUGCCAUACUGACCGACCACAAGUUGAAUUCAAAACCCUCAUCCCAAGAGGUUUCGGCUGAUGGUGCCGAUCAAAAGACCAUUUCUGUGAACGGGUGA